CGACAGAUUAGUACGGUGGACAGAAAAUCUUCCUCGCGGUCAGAUUGAGUUUAAUAUUAUAGUCCGCGAGCAUACGCAAAGUGAUCAGCAAGUUGGGAGCAAUAUUGUGAUAAAGCUACAAAUACCGAAAUAAUUGAACACCCAGCGCAGCUAUGAGUUUCAUCGGUGCAUGCCGCUUGGCACGUAUCUGUGCCAUCAGCGGUCGUCAGCUGAGAACCGGAUUAGUUGCACGUACCCAACAGCAGAUGAGUGCCUUCUGCUCGUCCAGCUCCAUCGAACCUAAGCAACCCCCGAAGCCAGCUGCCCAAGAUGCUCAUAGCGCUAGCAACGUCAGCUCCCGGACGCAUAAACCCAAUAAUUUUGAAAAACGACUACUGGUAUUUACCAAGAAGUACAAGUCCGUCGAUGAUAUCCCGGCGUACAUCAACCAAGAUGUGAUGGAACGUUGCCGCAACCAGGUGCGCAUCAAGAUGGCAAACUACAUGAUGCUGGCAACCGUCAUCGGAUGCAUCAUCAUGGUCAUUAGCGGAAAGAGAGCUCAGGAAAGGGGCGACAGCGUGCAGAAAAUGAAUCUCGACUGGCACAAGGAGUACAACGAAAAAGCCAAACAGGAAAUCGCGGAAGCAUCGAAAAAUUAAACCCUUGAUGAUAUGUUGUGGGCGUCUAUAAAAAAAAUAGAGUUUCUGAGCCAUAUGCUCUCCGUGUAAAUAAGCACUCUGUUGUAGGAUUUAUUUUUUAAAUUUCCAAUCAGUUCAGCUUUCGUUUUCAAACUUGAGAAACUGGAAAUACUCAACUGGUAAAAAUGGAAGAGAAGUAUAGUUAAAAAAAAAAAACCGAGAUAGAAUUUAUUCUUUGAGACAGUUUUUCAACAUCUUCAACAUAGACCGAUCCCUGUACGUCAUUCUUGUACCAUAGAGAUAACUUGUAACGCAAAAAUAUUAAUUACACCGUGAAAUAUAUUAAUUCAAGAG